AUGGGCCCAAAAAAGGGCGGUGGAAAUCGUGCUGGGCCCAAGAAAUCCUCGAGCUCGCAGCCAGCAGAGAUCUCCAUAUCGGAUUUUGUUGCUGCGGGCGAGAAAAAUGAAGCUAAGAAAUCGAAAGCUGGAGCUAAGUCCAAAGGCAAAGAUGCUGGAGGGGAGGCAACGAACAAUCCAGAGGAGCCCAAAAAGCCCUCCGUGAGGGCUGUUAUAGGCGGAGCAUCAUGGACAGGUAAAUUGCCUGUUAACAUGCUUUCGGAGCAUUGUCAAAAGCAGAAGUGGGCAAAGCCUGAGUACACAAUGGCUAAAAACGCAGAUGGUUUUCUGGCAUAUGUGACAUUGAAAAAGGUUAACCCUAAAACGAACGACACAGUGACACUACCCCCAUUCCGUUUGCCUCCCUCCCACAGGAAAUUAGGCACACAACCGACAGCUGUGGAAGCCCGCCACUUUGCUGCUGCCUACACUCUGUUUCGAGUAUGCAAUAUGCGGAAUUUGCAUAUGAUGAUGCCUCCAACUUUUCGUGAUUUAUGGAAAGACCAGUUUGCCGCACUUAAGGCUGAAGAUGUUAAACAGGGAAAUGGCUGGAUGUAUGAAGCUGAUCCUUUCACUACGUUCCAAGAAAGGAAUAAUGCCGUCGCUGAACUUACACGGCGGAAGGAACAAAAAGCGAAGGAACCAACUAAACAAAAAGAGGACCGUGUCCAGCUCGGGCUAUCGUCCGGUGGGGGUAGCGGCAAUGGGAAUACAGGGGGCCGCUGGCUAAAGGCGCCCAGAAUUGAUAUGGGUGACAAAGUGCGUGGGAGAGUUGAAGAACUGAUUAGGAGGAGAGCUAUCUGGAAUCCGUAUGGGAUUGAAAUAUCUGAAACUGGAAGAAGAAACAUGAUGGAUGAGUUUGUUAAGCUUGGCUUCCGAACCAGCCAUGUUGAAGAAGCACUUUCAGAAUGUAAAGAUAGAGAGGAAGCUCUUGAAUGGCUACUCAUCCAUAUACCAGAAGAUGACCUUCCUCCGUGGAGUUUACCUGAAGGGUAUACCGCUGGCAUAACGUUGGCAAGCAACGACCUUGCAAGAGAGUCUAAAAUAAAACGACUAUCUGCUGCUGGAUACUCUGCAGAUCUCUGCAGCUCAGUUCUUGAUAAGUAUGAAAACGAUGAACGACUUGCGGCGGAAGCUCUGCAACAUUUGUUGAUCUACAGUCGAGAUCUUGAUAUUGAAUCUGACACUCCUGUCAACGAUAAUGCUAUUUGGGAGGAAGAGCAUCAAACGUUAGAGGCUAUUUUUGAUACCAAAUAUGAAAGGCUAUCUAAACACGCAUGCCAAAUCAUGUCAGAAAAUGGGACUUUACCAUCUAUUACAUACUCUUUCUGGAAUCCAGCGAGAGCUGUUUACCCUGAAAGCCCUCCUGUUGUGGCCAUUGUCACAAAGGAAAUACCUGCAUAUAUCCGACUGAGUGCUACGCGACAAGCAAUACAGCAUGCCCUGGCCGAUCUUAGGGGGGAGCCAAUGUUAUUUAACAUAAUUGACUGGCUGAAUGAGAACCUACCUUGCAUUUUGGAGAAUCCUGGGAAGUUACGAAGCAUUUCUGUGGAGGCCGGUGACAAUUUGAAUGGCGAAAAAGAUUUACCUCGUACCUCUAAUCCAGGAUCAAAGUCAAAGUUGGCUAGAGGAAUGGCAUCUCGGCCUAAGGGCCCUGCUAGUAAUGACAUCCGGCGUAGCUGGGAGGCCAAACAGACUACACCUGAGCAGCAGAAGAUGCUCAAAGCAAGACAAGCUCUGCCAGCGUGGGAUAUCCAAGAUGUAAUUCUGGACGAAAUUCACUCACACCAGGUCACAAUUAUCUCCGGUGAGACUGGUAGUGGAAAAAGUACUCAAUGUGUCCAGUUUAUAUUGGAUGAUUUGAUACGGCGAGACCUUGGUUCGUCAGCAAAUAUAGUUUGCACACAACCACGAAGAAUUUCUGCCCUGGGUCUUGCCGAUCGCGUUAGCGCAGAGCGAUGUUCAAGCGUCGGUGAUGAUGUUGGUUACAUUAUUCGAGGAGAUUCAAAAUCAAAACCAGGUGUAACUAAGAUUACAUUUAUGACCACCGGUGUCCUGCUACGACGUCUGCAAACGGCCGGCGAAAGUGUUGUUGAAGCUUUAGCCGAUAUCAGCCAUGUGGUUCUUGACGAGGUCCAUGAGAGAGGUCUGGAUACCGAUUUUCUCCUUGCCGUACUGAGAGAAGCUUUGAGAAUCCGAAAAGACCUGAAAUUGAUCCUGAUGAGUGCCACUCUGGACGCCAAUAUGUUCAUCAACUAUUUCGGUGGGGAUAAGCAGGUUGGAAGAGUCAAUAUCCCGGGUAGGACGUUCCCUGUUGAGGAUAUAUACCUGGAUGAUGUGCUCCGAAGCACCGGCUUCGACUCAAACACGCCAUAUGAAGUCUCUGACGAAAGCGAACAAUCGCUGGGCAAAACUAUCCAGAAGCUGGGCAGUGGAAUAAACUAUGAUCUUAUAUCCAGCACUGUUCAACACAUUGAUUCUCAGCUCGAAAAUGAGCCGGGUGGCAUCUUGAUCUUCCUACCAGGAACAAUGGAAAUAGACAGAUGUUUGUCUUCCAUGAAGCAUUUACAUUUUGCCCACUUACUUCCUCUGCAUGCUUCACUACUUCCAAAUGAGCAGAAACGAGUCUUCAAUCCACCGCCGCCUGGAAAGAGAAAAGUGAUUGCGGCCACAAAUGUUGCGGAAACAUCCAUUACGAUCGAGGAUAUAGUGGCUGUUAUAGAUACUGGCCGAGUCAAGGAGACCCGAUAUAACCCAGUCGACAACAUAGUACGGCUGGAAGAAACAUGGGCCUCCCAAGCAGCUUGCAAGCAACGUCGAGGCCGAGCUGGACGUGUCCGCAACGGUACCUGCUUUAAACUGUACACUCGAAAUGCCGAGAAGAAUAUGGCGUCCCGACCUGAGCCGGAAAUCCGGCGUGUUCCCCUUGAGCAACUUUGCCUUUCUGUAAAGGCGAUGAGAGGGAUUCAAAAUGUACCUGACUUCCUUGCAAACACUCUCACACCUCCAGACAAUGUUGCUGUCGGUGGAGCCUUGCAUAUGCUCCAUCGCAUGGGGGCUCUUGAUAAUGAUCAGCUAACUGCCCUUGGACGCUAUUUAUCCAUAAUUCCAGCAGAUUUGCGGUGUGCCAAGUUAAUGGUUUACGGUGUGAUUUUUGGAUGCAUAGAGGCAUGCUUGACCAUCGCUGCUAUUUUGACAGUUAAGAGCCCAUUUGCAAGUCCAAGGGAAGCCCGCGAGGAAGCCAAAGAGGCUCGAAGUUCGUUUUCCAAUGGAGAUGGAGAUCUUCUAACAGAUCUCGCUGCAUACCAGCAAUGGGCGGACAAGAUCCGUGAGCAAGGUCAUCGGAAAGCUCAGGUAUGGUGCCGGGAUAAGUUUCUACUUCCACAGACACUGCAGGAUAUCUCCUCCAACCGGGCUCAGCUCCUUGGGUCUCUAAAAGAUGCAGCGCUUCUGCCAGUCGAUUACAAGGAUCCCGAUUGUGAAAGCCGAUGGAAUCGUCACAACAAGAACACCCGUUUAAUUCGCGCCCUGAUAUCAGGUGCUUUUAACCCCCAGAUUGCGUCGAUAUCCUUCCCCGAGAAGAAAUUCGCUUCAUCGAUGACUGGAACCAUCGAGCUCGACCCCGAGGCUCGCACGAUCAAAUACUUUAACCAGGAGAAUGGCAGAGUAUUUGUGCAUCCCAGCUCUAUCUUGUUUGAAGCCCAGGUAUUUUCUGGGUCUGCACAAUACGUGAGUUAUUUCACCAAAAUGGCAACAAGUAAAGUCUUCAUACGAGACGUCACGCCAUUUAAUUCUUAUGGCCUUCUGUUAUUCACCGGGCAAGUGACACUAGACACUCUAGGUAGAGGUGUGCUAGUCGACGAAUGGCUCCGGCUCCGAGGUUGGGCUCGAAUCGGAGUCCUGAUUUCUCGGCUGAGAAUGAUGCUUGAUGAAGUGUUGAGGCGAAAGGUUGAUAAUCCUGGCCUCAAUGUGGAGGAGGACGAAGUGAUUGAUGUCGUCCGCCACCUCGUCCUACUUAAUGGGCAAGAUUUAUAA